AUGCAAGCAGUGCAUGUAUUUUUUGCGCCUGGCAUUCUGAGAAUAUAUCGGAUGCAGCCCGCAGCACUGGAGGCGCCGCGGUGUCUGGUGUUAUCGCGUCUGGAGCCAGCGCAGCUCGGCACGGCCUGGCCUCGUGGCGCGCGCUGUUGCCGCGCUGCCAGCCGGGCAGCAGCCCGUAGCUCCACUCGUGCGGCUAGCAUCGCUCAGUGUGCAACACAAACUAGUGGUUUUUUUUUCCCGCGUUUCAGUAGAUUUUAAUUUAUUUUGUUUCCAAAUGGCCCCACAAAAAUUUGUGAAUGGGCGGCCUUAUAGGAAAACAAAAAACAACAAGAAAGCUAGGAUUAAAAAGAAAUUUCACGCAGAGCGAAAAUUGAAAAAUUAUAUUUCACAACAAUGUGAAGGUUCGGAUUCAAAAUUGUGCGCACCUACCGCAUCUACUUCCGAAUGCGUGCAAUUAACUGUUUCUACAGCAUCUACUUCCGGUGAAUGUGAAAUGUACCAAGAAUGUGCAGAUAAGCGUGCUGACAUCAUUCUCCAAGACCUGCCUUCAUCGCCUACGAAUUCUAUUAAUAGUAGUGGCGUUGAUUAUAAUCCAGCCUUAGAUUGGGUUGGCGUGGAAAUAGACGACGAUGAGUUUCCGCCACUAAUUGUUGAAAAUGAUACCACAAAAAGAAGUUUAGACUCUGUUAUUCAAGGACGUCGGAUUGUCAAUCCAAGCUUUCUUCUUCCUCAACUUGAAGCAGUGGGAAAACAUUCCCUUUCAUGUACAACUGGGUGUCUCCGGUUGCGAAAUGAAUCGAGGAGAGGCCUUCACUGUGUGUGGGAAUAUUACUGCGAAGUAUGUGGGAAAAUCCAAUACGUCACGACAGAUGAAAAAACAGUACAGAACAAACCUGAAAUAAAUACGCUCUUGGUUUGGGGAACGUUAUCAUCUGGUUUAGGAUUUACUCAAAUUCAAGAGGUUAUGGGUGUGUUGGACGUGCCAGUUAUGUCUUCCUCUUGUUUUAGGCAAAAUGAAAAAGAAAUUGGAAAGGUAAGAUUUUGCUGACAAUUUUUAUUGUUUAAAUUUAAGUCCUCAAAAUGUAAAUUUUAAGUUUUCUGCUCGAAAUCUCUUUAAUUCAUCCUAAUUACCUUCAACGAUUAAUUUUGUGUUAGGUGUGGGAGGAGCACUUGGCACUAAAAAUGAAAAUGGCUGGAGAGGAAGAAAGAAAAAUAGCUAUACAAAAAGGUCAUAUUGUAGAUGGUGUACCAUACAUAACAGUUAUUGGAGAUGGCGGUUGGGCAAAGAGGAGCUAUGGCCAUGGCUACAAUUCUGCUUCUGGUGUGGUGACUGUGGACGACGCGCUGCCCAGGCAGGUGUGUCUGGACUGCCUCAACAAGCUGGAUGCUGCGUUCGAUCUGUACACGGGGUGCAUCGAGGCCCAGCUGUUCAUCCGAGAGAAGCUGGGCCUCCAGCGCGGACCGCUGCCUGUGGCAAUUAGCAAUGGAGGACUUCAGUCGGGGUUUCUGUCCGAAGGCAGCGGUGUUCCUGUCGGGAACGCAGCGGUCGAUAACUCGCUGCGGAACGUACUGGGUCUGCAGCGCACGUUUUCGAGCUUCGUUGGCAUCGAGCAGAAGAGGUUGGCGGAAGAGAGCAUGCAGAAAACCCAGAAGGCCAUGGCACAGCCACCCAGCCUACAGUUUGGUCACGACUCUGCGCCAUACGUGAACAACGUGCCAGCUCAGGUGAACUCGUCUGGUAACGACCAGCUGCUCAGGGCUCAGCUGGACGGAACGAACGCCAUGAAUGCCAUGACGGGCAACCUCCAGGGCCAGACGUACGUGCUGCCCCUUGCCGGCUCCGGGACUCCCGCGCCCGCUCGCGUGACGGUCCGCGUCCCUGACUCCUCCCCCCGGAUGGGCAUGUCCUUGAACCAGCCCCACUAUCCCGCCCAGAACAGCUUGCCUUCCUCGCUGCAGGUGCAGCCGGGCAGACCUCCCGCACACUACGUUCCGGCUUCCACCAUCUUCCAGCCCCAGCCGUCUCCCGUGCCCCAGAGCGGGACGCCGUUCUCGCAGGCCUUGGCUCGCGAGGGUCAGGCGCAAACGGCGUCGAGCAACAACUCGCCUUACGCGAGGAGGCUGUCCGGCGAACCACCGGCCAUGGCUCCCAUCCGCUCCGGCGUUCCCGCGACUACCCACUCGCCCGCCAUGUUCGACUACAUCCCCUCCCCUCCUGUCAUGUCCACUGCCGGUGACGCCCUCCGGCAACAGCAGCAGCUACAGCAACUGCAGCAACAGCAACAACAGCAGCUGCAGCAGCAACAACAGCAGCUGCAGCAGCAACAACAGCUACAGCAACAGAAACAACGGCAGCAGCAGCAGCAGCAGCUAAACAUGAAUAACUUCAUGCAGCAGACGGUGUCGCUAUGGGCGAACAAGCAGAACAUUGCGAACAAGUCUGUCGACACCGCCCAGUCGCUGGGUGGCUCUCAAAACGCUCCCGUGCCCACUCUGAGGACGGCGCCGUACGCGAAUGCAGAGAUAGCGCUUCAAGAGCACGUAUCUGCUGCUGAGUCGUUGCAGCCGGUGAUCACGCAGGUGACUUCUGGUGUUCAAGCCGCUGGCCUGGUUCCACCUGAUCAGGCGUCCUCACAUUAUGAUCUGAGCAACUCCGACGACAACAUGGACGCAGAGCCCGGCCCGGAUGUUCCCGACGCGGGCGACAACGUGAAGCCGUUCGCUCUCUCGAGCCCGGUGCGGUCCAAGAAGAAGGCGCAGCGCAAGAGGAAGUCGAACCCCGCCUCCAUGGAGAUGUGUCCCCACUGCCACAGGGAGUUCCGUGCGGACAUCAUCUUCCACCACAUCAAGCUCCACUUCCGCCAGAGCUUCUUCUCGUGCCUGGACUGCGGCCGGAACUACUCCUCCGAGAAGGCGCUGGAGGCGCACAAGUGCCCCGGGGAAGUAGUCUAGCCGUUGUUCUUUUACCGCGCAAGCGAAUCUCACAACCCCUUUCGAUUUGAACUCCUCCGAGAUUUCAUGCUGUCCUGAGUUUUGUGCCAUCUUUUGUGCUGUAGAGUGAAUAUAGAGGGAGUUCAGGUCUCUGGGGAAGUUGAACCCAAAGUUUAGUCUCGUGUGGGAAUUGUGGUGGACAUUGCAGUGAGCUAAUGGGUUCCCCCUCACCCGCAAUGACUGUCGAGACGUUAAGUCUCAAUUUUCAAUUUGUUCAUAUUUGUCGAUGGAGAAAUUUUUUUUUUUCCCCUUUCUCCUAUAGAGAGAUCUCUUAGCACGACAAAUGCGGUCUUAAAAAUGUUCGUGUUUUUUGAAAUUGCGUAUUCUGAAGCAUUAGUAUCCGAAAAAUAUCAGGCUAUUUUAGUUAAUGUGUUCCGAAAUGUAUAGAAAAAUAUUAUUUACAUAUUAUAAAUGCAUGGAAUAACACUCAACUAUAAAUAUAUAUACUAUAUAAAUAUUUAUUUUUUGAAGCCUAUGACUGAAUACUUUAUAUGGCAAAUACAACACUGCGUUAACAGGAGAUAGGUGGUUACCGUAUUGGUCCGAAAAUAGGCCGACCUUUUUUGCAAGUUUUGUCAACCUUGAAAUCUAGAGUCAGCCUAUAAUGGGGCACUAGCCAAAAUAGUAUAAUUAAACACAUACAUUUCAAGGAGAAUCACUUAUGGCAUAAAAAUGUUAUCAGAUAUACAAUUCAUUGACCUAAAAUUACGCCGUACUUACAUGGACUUAGUAAUUUUUCCAACUUAGAAAUUUAGUAAACACACUUAACCCCAAUAACGUAUCAUAUUUUAAGUUAAGUACACUGAUGUGGUCACUUGUAGCACAUAGUUUUUAAAAGCUCGGUCUGUUUAUUUUUGAACUGUAUUUAACAGGCUGCGGUAAUUUUAUUUUCUUGUAAAAUGUGGUAUUUACAGUAAACAAUUAGUAAAAACGGCAAUUUUGCCGUAAGGUUAUUUACCGUAGUAUGCUUUAUUUACUCUUCUACCACAGGAAAAUCAAAAUGGCACCAGUGUUGGCAACUUGUAGUUGUGACACGAAUAAACAACUACCGGUACAUACCAACAGUAACAAGAACAAUAAAACCUAUUGGCAAUAUUGGCUGUUUUAUGGUUGAUUCAUACACGUUUUACAUGAAACCAUUUUGGGUUUUUUACGUCAAAAUUAAACGUACCGGUAAAUGUUUUUACGUCACAAUUUCUAUGAACUUAGAAAAUGUAGCCAUUACCGUAUAAAAUGAUGGCACCACUACAAAAGAAUGUGAAAAUAAACGUAAACACAGCUUAUAUAUAUAUUUAUAUAUUUUGGUAGGUAAGAAUAACACAUUUUGUCAGUUCAAUAAAUACUAACUUAGUUGAAGUGUUACUGUGGUAAUAUGCUGCUGAUAAUCAUUUUAGUUAGUUAAAAUUUAUUUUUCCCUGAUUUUGAGUAUGCUGUAGAAGGGGUCGGCAUAUUUUCGGACCAAUACGGUACUUACUUAUUGCCAGAAAGCUGGUUGGCUUGCCCACCCGGGCAUGACUUUCAGCACAUGCUGCAUAACUUUCCAACCUAUACUUUACUGGCAGUGAAAUUGAUAUUACUGUUCAGAUAUUUACACUUAUUUUUUUUUCAAAAAUUGCAAAUGCUUUUUUGCAUACCAUUGCUUGGUUCACACCAAUCCUAUCAAGCCUGUCAUUUUUUUCAUUGCACCAUUAAUUUAACAACCUUAUUAUGUGAAUCUAUUCAUUUCUGUUCCGGUUUCUAAUAUAAAAUAUAUUCUCGCUAGUACAACUGACAGCAUAAGACUUACACGAAUAUUUGAUAGAGUCCUUAUUUUGUACAAUUGUGACAUUCUGUUUGCCGUAAUAGUUUAGUUUUGUCUUAAGAUUUUUUUUUUAACACUACUUGAACACUAUGCACUACGCUCUUGCAUGGAAGCCAUGAUUCCAACUGCAGGUGCUUUCGCACGUACAGUUACUGGCCGGGUGACAACGGUACACGGGUGGACCUAAAAACAUUUAGUCCUUUACACUCCCUAGCCACAGCUGGUGUUUGUAGAACCGAUAUCAUAGUCUGACCUGCGCAUGCAUGUCUUCCCCCCCUUCACUCCCUCGGGUAACUGUAAGCAACAGUACACCGUGUUGAAGCAGACCUCGUGAUGUCAUGCCCGACUUGGGUUUUUUUUUUGCCUCUGGUGAUUUCGUGCUGACUGAAUUUUAUAUACACGCUUUUCAAGACUGGUACAGUAAAAUUAACAUUGUGGUGAAUGAAUUCGCGCAAUUUGAAGAUGUGCUAAGUGAGGGAUUAGUGUCUAAGGAAUUAAGGUAUUUUGCAGAUUAGUGACACUCGUUUUGUAGAUGUUUAUAUUUGCAGGCAUAAUUCAUUGUGAUAAAAGGUAAAUAUAUGAUGAAAGGUCACAAAUCAUUAACGAUUUUAAUUGUGUUGCUAUGUUCGUAUUAUAAUUUCCGUUAUCCUUCCUCGAUGCAUACUGGUCGAGUCGUAUUAUAAUUUUUGUUAUCCUUCCUCAAUGCAUACUGAUCAAGUGAACGUGUUUGUAGGUACAGUAGACAUUUACUGCUGCAUAAUGUUUCCAGUGUUCUACUUCUGUACACACUCUAUGGUUUAUACAGUUUAAAACUCAAA